GAUUUUAACGUGUUCGACACGCGUACACUAUGUGAGAUGUAUAUGGGACCAUGUAGGCACUACAUCAUGAUCACUACUGUUAUACUUAGUAUUUUUUAGAUAAUAUACAACACCAACAUAAACAUCUGCGUUUAUGUAUGCCGUCCUAGCGGAAAAGCCUAAUGUUCAGUGUCAUUUCCAAAUCUAUAUUUCGUUGAUUUUUGGACUUUAAAAUUUUAGCAUCACUAUUUGCCAACAUCCAAAACUUUGCUACCGACCAUAUUUGUGCAUAAUUCUCACAUAUACAGCGACCUCUUUAAGAACAACACUUUUUCUUGCUUGAAUUAAUAGGAACACAAUAAUGCCGACACUAAAUGUAAGUGAGCAUUAUGACGAAGUCAAAAUUCUUGAAACCUUUGAUAAAACGUCAUAAACGACAUGCCGUCACCAAGAAUCUUGAUUACACACAUGCCGAAGAGAUUGGUGCCACUGGAUGCAUGGAAGAAGAACAUCAAGGUUAUCAUUGUCAGCAGAAACCCGAAAGAUGUGGCCGCGUCCUUCUGUGCCUUUACAAACGCUUGUAACUUGUAAACUGCAUGAUUACAGUGGCACUAAAUGACUUCGCACGGAUUUUUCUCGCUUUUCUUGCAAGGAAAAGUUGCGGGAAGUUCAUGGUUUGAGAACAAGAAAUGGUUUGAGGCAGCCAACGACAAUCCUAACUGCUUGUUUCUGACGUACGAGGACAUGAAAAAAAUAAAGCACGCAGUGACACCUCAAUACCAGUAAACAACAGGUAACUUGGCCAAAAAAGGGGACGCUCAAACGUUAUUUACCCUGCACCACUGCUUUAAAAUGGCGGAAAUUCGAGUCAAAGAUGCUGGAGGCCAUGAAUAUAACGUGAUAGAGUGGCGAGGGAUGUAUUUUCCCCUUUUCCCUGGAAUAGUCCCUCGUUUGGAAACCUUGGGUACGUUUGAAUGCAGAAAGGAUGAUAUUUUGCUUUUGACGUACCCUAAAUCAGGUACACGGUGGAUAUAUUAUGUAGUAAGCAUGGUCAAAAACAACAGCACGGAUGACCCCAGCAUGCACUCGAUGUACCUUGAAAUGCUCGACCAAGAGGAUUUUGCCAAAAUGGCGUCUCCCAGGAUCUUGUCGAGUCACCUGCCCAUACACCUCCUGCCGCCAGAUGUGUGGAGCAAGCAGAUCAAGAUCAUCCUAGUUACCAGGAAUCCGAAAGACGUGGCUGUGUCAUAUUAUAACUUCCUGAAAGGCUUAAAGAAAUUUGAAUACAGUGGCCCAUGGGAAUCGUACUUUCCAAUUUUCACACAAGGGAAGGUUCCUUACGGCUCUUGGUUUGACCAUACCAAAGAGAUGUGUAAGAGAGUGGACAGUUAUCCCAACUGCUUAUUUCUUACUUACGAAGAUAUGCUUAAGAUUUAUGUGUAUUUAACAACGUGCAUUUCACUCAUUUUAGUUCCUUACGGCUCUUGGUUUGACCAUACCAAAGAGAUGUGUAAGAGAGUGGACAGUUAUCCCAACUGCUUAUUUCUUACUUACGAAGAUAUGCUUAAGGAUUUACCAGCCUCUGUGAAAAAAAUAAAUUCCUUUCUCGGCUUUGAACGAUCAGACGCAUUUUUGGAGGAAGUAGCGCAGAAGUGCACAUUUUCCUCGAUGAAAAGAUCUGAAGAAACUGGAGAACCGCAAACAUAUCUGAAGGAUGGUCACAGAUUUUAUAGAAAAGGUCAAGUUGCCGACUGGAAGAACUGGUUUACAGUGGCCCAGAAUGAAGAGUUUGAUGAGCUUUACCAUGUCAAGAUGGCGGAUGCACCUCCUGACCUCAAGUCUAGAGUAGUGUUCGAAUAAUCUUUAAAAAAGAUAUCAUACAAACAAAUACUUUAAUUCAUGAAGUGUUCUAAAACUUGAAAAAAAGAUAUCAAACAAACAAAGACUUUAAUUCAUGAAGUGCUCUAAAAGCAAACCGAGAAAGUUCAACGAAUGAAAUAAUGCAUCAAAUCUUGAAUAUAAAUUAAAAAACUGACCACUAUAUUUCAACAAAAUACAAAAGGUGACUUCCACAAAUUUGCCUAUUGCAUGAUAUUGCCUCUCAUAAACAUCUUGUAUAACUGCUGUAAGGACUACCGUUCACUGUGUUCCCGUAGGAGAAUUUGCAGGGUCCAACAGACUAUGUCAUGCACCUUUCCAUCCUUUUAAGCUCGCCCUCUGUGCAGGGCGGCUGCCAUAGUUCGAUUUGUGAAAAAUAAAAAUGCCAAAAAGCAGAUCCCUCAAUAAACAAUCAGUGUCAAA